CGUCAAUCUUCAAAGGCUGGUUCCCCAACUUUUUUUUCUUAGUGGAGAGGCUGGACCAUUCAUCAUGACUUCAACGACUCACAAACUUUCUUCCUCUUCUAUCUCCUUCUAUCGCAGCGUCAUAAAAGUUGCACCGGAUUAGAAAAAAUGCCAGAGCUCUUGGACUUUGAUGAGCAACAGAGGCAACUGGAAGAUGAUCUUAGCAAGCUGCAGAAUGCCCUGAAGCAUUGGCAGACCUGGCAUGUUGAGUAUGAGAUGCUCAAAGAAGAGGUUGAAGCCGUUUGCAAGAAUGGCGAGACGGAGCUUAAGGCUAUUCAUGCCGGAUUCGAAGGAGAGCUGCUGAAAGAUCGUGAACUCGAUGAGAUCUUUGGUGAGAGGACACAUCGAUCUGGUGAACAGAUUCUGAACAUUCUUGACCGUCGCAUCGAUUACGUUACCGCGAAUAUCGCAUCGCUGCGAAAUCAAAUCAGCGCUGCUGAGACCAAGCUUGAUGAAAGUCAACCCGACUUUACUGAAGACGACGGCCUGCCUAUUACGGAAAUUAUCGAGCAGCUUGACGAUGACGACAACGUUAUCUCUUACAAGCUUAACCAACCUGAUACGGCCUUACCUCAGAUUCAAGAUGCCCUUCAGAAGGCCGGUAUCGACGAUCUCGAAGAUAGCAACUCAGUCUCAAAGGCCGAGAGCCCUAGACAAAAGGAAGCGGAACACUCCCAAGAAAAUCCCUCGCAACAUAUAGAGCUUGAAUCCACGACUCUAGCACCAUCCGCCACUAAAGGGGUGGUGUUUGCUGCAGAUACUAAAAUGCAAGACGGCCCAAUGCCCCAAGUCUCGCGGAAUGCUAAGCGUGUUGAAGAGAUCAUGAACCAUGCCAAGGAGCAGGAGAAGAUCAGCAGCGAGCAAGCGUACAUCCCCGAGGAUGAGGAUGAAGAGGAUGCGGAGUUGCGGCGGCAGAUGCUUGAAUACUCGGGAGAAGUUGGUGCUGUUGUCGCCGAGCUGCAGCUCGAGGAGGGAGACAGCGAUGACUACGAAUAUGAGGACAGUGAUGAAGGUUUUGAGGGUGAUGAUGACGGCCAGGAAGACAAGUAUGGUCGGUAUACUGGCCGCGUUGUGACGGAUGAUUACCGUCAAAGAAUGCUAGAAUUGGAGAAGAAACUGGGCAUCAAAUCUCGCUUCACGGAGCAGCCAGAAGAUAGGGAUGGUGACGCGAGUUCGGAUGACGAAGAAGGCAUUGGCCGUAUCGUGGUCAAGCCAGCCUCGGUAACAACAUCAUCAUCAGCCUCAAAACCUGCGCCCGUCAAGUCAAACAUCAAAGAAAAGCAACCAGAACAACUCAACGGCAAGAAGGGCGUUCGCUUUGCUUCCAAUCUGGAUAUCGCACCAGAGAAUGAGCCUCCUGUCCUUCCAGCGAGAGAAGCUCCUAUGAAGGAAAAGGAACCCAUUGUGGAACCAUUGAGCGACAAAAUUGUUGAGCGCUCUAGCACCGCCAAGGCUCCCGAUACAUCUGAAGUCAAGUCGACGCGCAAACCAUCGAGAUUCAAGAAGGCCAGAGAUACUGUUCCACCGGGCCCUCUUGAUGUCCGUGCAAAGUUCUUAGAUCAAGACAGGCCCACGGCACCUACGGGUCCUGAAGGAACAACACUCGCUGACACAUUAGUUGAGCGCGAAUCCAUACGCGCUGCUCCCCACCCACCGGAUGAAUUCGAUGAUGAGUUGAUAUAUCAAGAGGUCGCUGAUGAGCACCACAAGCUUCGAAAGAAGUUCAUCCAACGAGAAGGUGGGUUCCUCAAGGAAGAUGAAUCUCCGAUCCAACCUUUGGAGGAGCAAGAUGGUGGACGAGAGCCAGUCAGUCGUUUCAAGGCUGCCAGGCUCUCAAAGUACUGAACAAAACAAAAUAAAGAACAAAAGUAAGGCACUCGGGUCUGGAAAUGACAAUGGAAUGAGCUGCAGGGGGAACGAAGAGUCGAGAAGAAUCGAUUUGUUACCCGUCUUAUGCUGCUCUCGAGUUGCAUUUUGUGAAGGGCAUCAGUGAUUGCUACAGUGCUACACUCUAAUACGCGUCGUUUAUGCUAACCCUAUGUAAGGAUGGAUAACUUGACAUUUGAUUUGGUUAUUGACUAUUGACUCUGAUGGGGGGUCACACGGAACGCUUUUCAAAUCUGACAAUUGAUGUGUUGCAGCCUUUAAUCUGCUUCUACAUUACUAGCGGCUCCAAUAGUAAAUUCAGACGGGCUCUCUGAAACCAUUACCUUAAGCUUGUGGUUUUGGUUAUUCGUUUCACCCUUUACAUUUCAUUUUAGCUAUCACACCUUAUUUAUUAGUGGCCUGAAGAAUCCACGUGCCUAUUAGUAUUCUUAUCUGUUGUCCUCCG